AUGCGUGUCGCUAAGAUCGUAACACUACUUUCCACGUCAUUACCUCUAUGUUCUGUAUGGGCUGGGGAUGCGCCUGUCCGAGUCCCUCUUUCUUGGACUGAGGCGGCAGUAAAAGCCACCCAUUUUGUUUCUCAGCUUAAUACCACUGAGAAGAUCGACCUCGUCACUGGUAGUUAUGGCUCCUCUCCAGCCCUACCAUGUGUAGGCAUGCUCGUGGCAAUUGAGCGACUCAACUACACUGGCCUGUGCCUGUCCGACGGCCCCGCUGGUUUGUCGCGUUCGGACGGCGUCAGUGUGUUUGCUUCCGGUAUCACAGUCGCAGCUACAUGGGACAGGCGACUGAUGUACGAACGCGGACUUGCCAUUGGACAAGAAUUCAGAGCCAAAGGACUAGAUAUGGAGACACCUGGAACCACGAGUCCCACUGGAAUCUUCUACUUUGGCGACUCGCUCGCUGAUACGAUCGAAGCAGGCAACAUCUCACCCGCCCGCCUUGACGAUAUGGCGACAAGAGUUAUGACGCCAUACUUUCGGCUGGGUCAAGACGAGGACUUCCCUGUUACUGAUCCUGCCAGCUGA